AUGUUAGGUCAAAAGAAAGGACUAAAAGCAAAGGUACAUAAUGUGGCUCCUCAUAUACGUUUUACUCACUGUAUUAUUCAUCGAGAAGCUCUCGCUUGCAAAGCCAUUGUUACCGAACUUAAAACUGUUUUUGAUACAGCUGUCAAACUCGUCAACUACAUGAAAUCACCUCCUUUGAAUGCCAGGUUAUUUGCUUCACUAUGCAAAGACAUGGGCUCAGACCAUGAAGCAUUGUUGCUUCACACAAAAAUCAGAUGGCUCUCCGGGGAAAAGUUUUCACACGGCAGCCCAAACACAAAUAUUUUGUCAUUGUUCGACAAGAUAAAUGCAUUCUCAAAGAAGCUUGAGCGAUGGAUUUCGCGAGCUGAAGAGGGUAACAUUGAAAUGUUUCCUGACUUGAAGCGUUUGGAGAGGAAAAUGAGUUAUGUCUAG